UUCCUGAGUGCUGCUAUUUUUAGAGCACAGCUGACAGUUAUCUAUGGCAAGGGAUGGUAUAAGAGGCUGCUGGGAGGCCCAGAUUGGCCAGAGAGCUCCUGGACCAGCAGGCAGCUCCAGCUCCAGCUCUAAGCCCCCGAAGGGACCUUGCCUUUCUCCUCUGCUUUCUGGGUGUCUGACCCAGGCCAGCCAGGGAAGAGGAUUCCCUUUGGGUUCUCAGGAAGCCACCGUCUGUAGGCAAUCCGUGACAGAACUUCACAGCCCAGUCUCUGCAACUGCAGGUAUGAGAUCCAGGCUUCUGAUUUCAGUGGCCCUCCUGCCAACCAUAAGUGAGAACUCAGAGAUGAUGAUGCUGGGAAGCUCCCAGGCCAAAGAUGAGCUGCAGAGUGAUCUUCUUUCAUCACAGAGCCUCGAUGACUACGUGAAGUCCAUCUGUCAGCUAGCCCAGCCCACUUCUGUACUUGAUGGGGACCAACGUCUCCCCUACAAUAGACUGCGAAAGCCAUGCAGGCUCAGAGGAAAGACCUUCAAUGAUUCAACUUCAGCUUCACACAGUGAGAAAUCAAGCCCAGCCUCACCCAUGCAGGACAUCACUGCCCACUUCAGUGGCCAGCAUUCGACACUGCCUCUGGGCAACAACAUCGACCCCCUCGACUGGCUUUUUGGGGAAUCCCAACCAAAAAGACAGAGCUGGAAGGACACCCUAAGGAGGACUGGCCUAUCCACUGACCCUUCAUGUCUGCAUAAACAGAAUGAACCCGGAAAAUCCAGGGUCCCGCGUCGAAUCAGAGCCUGUGAAGCAAAGCUCCCUGGGGGUCCCUUAACAAAACUGUCCAGUGAGUGGGGCAAGGUUUGGGAGAAAAGAACUCAGCCCUCUAUGCUGAAUGCUUCCCUGAAGUAUUCCAGCAGUUCUCACCAGGAUAGGAUAUCCCGGGUUUUGAACUCAAAUCUCCCAGUCAUUUAUGAACUGUGACCCCACAAAUAAAGUCUUCUGUAAAUAGCUUUUUGUUAUGGUGUUUUCUUGCAUUAUUGGUUUCCUAUCUUAAAGAGAAGGACAUCUAUCCUGUCUUUGCUCUUGUAAUGUCUCACAAUCCAUGCGAGGCUAAGGAAUGUUACUGAAGGGGAGAAUUUUUCCAUUAAGAACUACAUACUUGUUUUGAUUAAGUACUUGAAGUGGGUAGGAUAAACUUUCCAUUUGGAUAAGUAACAAUGGUAACAGUAUAUCUUAAGUGUAGCUACUGUGCUUAAUAGAUGGAGAAAAUGAAAUGACAGUAUCUCAGGUUUUGUUACAGAUACAUGCCAGAUGAGAAAUCUAAAAGGGAGGGGACAGUUGUUCUGGACUGUCAAAGCACAUCUCUUUGGCUUUAUCCAA